GGAGUUAGGGGAAAUUAAGUUGUUUGACAACAACUAUCCUGUAGAAAUACUGUUUAGAUCACGAGAAAAUAAUUUUGUAGGAUAGUGAUGAAGUUCGUUAAUAGGUGUGGUGUAUAGGUUUAGUAUAAGUAUUACACUUCCCACAGGAUAUUCUGUAAACAUUUCGAAGUUAUCUUCUGAGCUUGGGAAAGCGGUGCAUUUUUUCCGUUCUACAUCCAGACUCAACUCAUCACCUUCUCAUCAUGCCUUUCCCCUUCGGGAAGUCUCAGAAGAGCCCAGCAGAGAUUGUGAAGAGUCUGAAGGAGAAUGUGGCUUACUUGGAAAAGCUGGAUGCGGCAGAAAGCAAAAAAUGUUCUUGUUACUUACAACCUCAUGCUAAUCACAUUAGCCUACGUUAGCUCAACUGUCCCGUGGGGGGGGACACUGAUCCCGUAGAGGUUUAAACACAUUAAAUGUUCCACAUAAUGACCUGCAUUGUCAAACUUGAAUGAGCCAAUUGGGAUGAUUUAUGUUGAAUCCAAAGCACCUAAUUGGCCACAUUCUCUUAAUGGGGGUUCGACUCUAUCAAUAAUUACUUUGUAUAUUGUCCAGAUGAACAAAAAAAAGAGUAUCUUGAAAUGACAGCAUUUUUGCCUUACCUGGUGUCACUAAAAUUGCAUAAUAACAGAUUACAAAAAUAUAUGGUGUCUGUUUUGCACAAUUCUAGUAUAUACCUCAUGGGGUUUUGAGUUCAUAAGUGCUGUGUUCUCUACUUUCCUUGACAAGAUAUUUGAUUUGAUAUUUUGGAUAAACAGCAUUGGUUUGUAUUAUGCAUGCUAAAUAAAUCAAUGUUUUUGUUUGAAC